AUGGUCACAAAGUUAUUUGAAUCUGUAAUUAGCAUGUUUAUUGAUCUACUUGCCAGUGAUGAUGAGGACCAUGAGAACAAUCAGUUUGACUUAGACCUGCAAGCUGCACUCUCUGCCAGUAUGCAAGAUACAGCUGAGACGUGUACAGCACCUGAUAAGGAAGAAGUACAGUCUAUUGUACGAAAACAUCAGGAGCUGGUUCUACCAGACCUUGAAUUUUUGGAAGACAAUUCAAAUAAAGUAGAUGCUAUUGAUGUCAGGCGAUCACAUGUAUGGAAUGAUACCAUUCAAGCCAUGACUGCUCCAACUUUUAGUGGUCAUAAGUGGCUACGAGUGCACUUUGUUUUUGAAGAGGCUGUUGAUGAUGGGGGCCCACGACGCGAGUUCUUUCGUUUGCCACUUCAGGAAUGUGUCACAUCGGAUCUUUUCUUGGGACCUCCUUUAUGCAAGUCGCUGUCUAUGAAUGUAGAUGCCAUUCGCAAAAGAAAGUAUUUCGUAGCUGGUCGCUUAAUGGCUAUGUCAAUUUUGCAGGGCGGCCCAGCUCCCACCUUUUUAGCACCAUCUGUUGCUCAAUAUUUAGCAAAUGGUUGGGAGAACAUAAAUCCAUCCGUCAGUGAACUACCAGAUGUUUCUGAACAACAGCUGUGGAAAAAGCUUCUUGAAGCUCCUAGCAAUGAGGAAGCCCACGUACUUUUGGAAAAAGGAGAAGAGUAUGAUUUGAGAUUUGAAUUGGGCUUUUCAAAACCAGCUGCUUCUUUCACGAAGCAAAACAUACAAGAGUUGGUGAAAGGUGUCUGCAUGCACAAAAUCAUCUACAGUAAAACAGCAGCUCUUGAUCAGUUGUUGGAGGGACUCAAUUCACAUAGUCUGACUAAGCUGAUCGAAAGCAAUACCAGGUUAUCGAUGGCUUUGUUUACGUGCCAACAACAACAUGACGCAUUGAAUGCCAUGAAACUGCGCAAACGUUUACAGCCAGAACCAUCUCCAAAGGGAAGUAUUCGCAGAGCCAAAGAGGAAGAGAUUGUUUUACAUUGGUAUCGCUUUUUGGAUGAUGUGAACAGAGGUGGUGUUACAAUUGGUAAGUAG